AAUAUAAUAAAUGGGGGAUUACGGGUUUGGAGUGUUAGUGCAAAACAACACUGGAAAUAAGUCAGCUUUUCCAGUCAGAUUUCAUCCACAUCUGCAGCCUCCACACCAUCAUCAGAAUGCAACCCCCAGCCCUGCUGCUUUUAUAAAUAAUAACACAGCUGCCAAUGGCAGUAGUGCUGGGUCAGCUUGGCUCUUUCCUGCUCCAGCUGCCCAUAAUAUUCAGGAUGAGAUUCUGGGGUCAGAAAAAUCUAAAACUCAGCAACAGGAAAAGCAAGAGUCUCUAGAAAAACAGCAGCUUUCCCCUGGUCAAAGUCAGGAAGCAGGCAUGCUCUCUGAACCUGAGAAAACGAAAACUGAAGAGAAUCAGGGCGAUAAUUCUUCAGAGAACGGCAAUGGCAAGGAGAAAAUAAGAAUAGAAUCGCCGGUGUUAACAGGAUUUGAUUAUCAAGAGGCUUCGGGGCUAGGUACUUCGGCACAGCCCUUGACAUCCACUGCGUCUUCUCUGACUGGUUUUAGUAACUGGUCUGCAGCUAUAGCUCCUUCUUCUUCUACAAUAAUCAACGAAGAUGCAAGUUUUUUUCACCAGGGAGGGGUCCCCACUGCCUCAGCUAAUAAUGGUGCUCUGCUGUUUCAGAAUUUUCCACAUCACGUCAGCCCUGGCUUUGGUGGUAGCUUUUCCCCCCAAAUUGGACCCCUCUCUCAACACCACCCUCAUCACCCUCAUUUUCAGCAUCAUCACAAUCAGCAUCAACAACAGAGGAGGUCACCUGCAAGCCCUCAUCCACCUCCAUUCACACAUAGAAAUGCUGCUUUUAAUCAGUUGCCUCAUUUGGCUAAUAAUCUUAACAAGCCACCUUCUCCAUGGAGCAGCUACCAAAGUCCAUCGCCUACACCAUCUUCAUGGAGCCCUGGUGGCGGUGGAUAUGGUGGGUGGGGUGGGUCCCAAGGUCGCGACCACCGCAGGGGACUGAACGGAGGGAUCACACCCUUGAAUUCCAUCUCGCCCUUAAAGAAGAAUUUUGCAAGUAAUCAUAUCCAGUUGCAGAAAUAUGCUCGACCCAGCUCAGCCUUUGCUCCAAAAUCGUGGAUGGAAGACAGUUUGAAUAGAGCUGACAACAUUUUUCCUUUUCAGGAUCGCACGAGGACUUUUGACAUGCAUUCACUGGAGAACUCCCUAAUUGAUAUAAUGAGAGCUGAAAAUGAUUCACUGAAAGCAAGGACAUAUGGGAGAAGGCGAGGUCAGUCUUCACUGUUUCCAAUGGAGGACGGGUUCUUGGAUGAUGGACGUGGGGAUCAGACGCUUCACAGUGGUUUAGGAUCACCUCACUGCUUCUCUCACCAGAAUGGAGAACGUGUGGAGCGGUAUUCCCGUAAGGUCUUUGUCGGCGGACUGCCACCAGAUAUUGAUGAAGAUGAGAUCACUGCUAGUUUUCGUCGCUUUGGACCUUUGAUUGUAGACUGGCCUCACAAGGCAGAGAGCAAAUCUUAUUUUCCUCCUAAGGGAUAUGCAUUUUUGCUAUUUCAAGAUGAAAGCUCUGUACAGGCACUGAUUGAUGCAUGUAUUGAAGAAGAUGGAAAGCUCUAUCUUUGUGUUUCCAGCCCCACUAUCAAAGACAAACCGGUUCAGAUCCGGCCUUGGAACCUUAGUGAUAGUGAUUUUGUUAUGGAUGGUUCACAGCCUCUUGACCCACGAAAAACCAUUUUUGUUGGUGGUGUUCCUCGGCCUUUACGAGCAGUGGAACUUGCAAUGAUAAUGGAUCGGCUGUAUGGAGGGGUGUGCUAUGCUGGAAUUGACACAGACCCUGAGCUGAAGUACCCAAAAGGAGCUGGGCGGGUUGCGUUUUCUAAUCAACAGAGUUACAUAGCUGCUAUCAGUGCUCGCUUUGUUCAGCUGCAGCAUGGAGAGAUAGAUAAACGGGUGGAAGUUAAGCCAUAUGUCUUGGAUGAUCAGCUUUGUGAUGAAUGUCAGGGGGCCCGUUGCGGUGGAAAAUUUGCUCCAUUUUUCUGUGCUAAUGUUACCUGUCUGCAGUAUUACUGUGAAUAUUGCUGGGCUGCUAUCCAUUCACGCGCUGGCAGGGAAUUCCACAAGCCCCUGGUGAAGGAGGGAGGAGAUCGCCCAAGACAUAUUUCAUUCCGCUGGAACUAAAUGAUCACUGCAGUGCUCAUAUGCAGGCCUCAAAUUAAGUGCACUCUUCUGUUAUCCUGAUCGUCCCUACCCUUCCCCCCCUGACCCACCCCCCUUUCUCUUAUUCAAGAUAGCAUGUCCUUUUGUAGUAGUCUGUAAUUUAACAAUAGAAUAAUGAAAGAAUGACCUAUAAUAUGGAUAUUUUGUAGACUCUUGUCAUUGAAAACUGUAUUGGGAACUCCUUUUCGUAUCGAUAACACGUUGCGAGUGAGUUGCAUUCUCUUGUCUUUACUACCGAGAGAACACUUAAUUUCGUGCAACAUUUUCUUAGAGGAGAGAAAAAAAUAUUAAGAGAAUUGAAACAAUAGAGUAUUUUGGUUUUUUAAUUAAAUUAUUGUUAAUAAAGAACAUAAGAAUACUUUUAUUAAAAUAACCAUGUAACAAUAACACUAUCAGUCUGUUCUGACACUUUUCCCCCCUGCCCAGGGAAGCCUGUUUUUUGCCUCUCUUUUUUUUUUUCCUUUCGGA